AUGGACCUCUACGAGGUCUACUUCAAUGACCGCAAGAAGUUCGAUGAGGAUCUCGCAGAGCUCAUUGAAUCCGCAGCAGCGGCAGCGGCGUCUUCAGCGUCCAGUUCCGCCACCACCCCGAACACUGCUCCCACUUCACCACCCGUCGACCCACGUCUUCGCGGCUGCAAGCGCCCAUCAUCCCAAGAAGCCAAUAUCAUCGCAGCUGAUCCACGCCUCCGCCAUCACAAGACUCCAGCGCCUCAGCACGCCUCCGCCAAGCGAGCCCGACUGGAAGAUCCAGUAGCAGAAGUACAAGCCGUCUCUGCUGAUGUUCACCCUUCCCGGGUCUCGCUACUUCAGCAGCCCGAGUAUGCGCGGCGUGGCUCUGCGCAGGAGCUCGUGUCUCCGGCAUCUCCAAUCGAGUCUUCAGCAUUGCCUGCUGAGGAGACAAUGACUAGCGCCGUUCAAGGCACCGGUGCCAACACAGUAAAGCUCGGCGCGCAGUGUCCAAGUAAGACCUGGAAUACGCUCCGCAACACCGUGCACCGCCAAUGGGACUCUCGUAGGGAUGAUAUGGGGUACGAGGAGCUAUUGGAGAAUCGUCGCGCAGAGAAGCUGCAGAAUGUGGAUCGCUAUGUGCCCUCUGAGAUCAGACCAAGCUCACGCUGCCGCACAAUACCUCCUCCCAGAUCACGCUCGAUGCCGUUCCGCUUUGUCGAUCUUCCAGAUAAAAUCCAGAAGAAGGUGAGCACCCUGGUAGCUCUACUAGACCGGUAUAUCCUUACACAGAUGAUAUAGAUCAUGUCGCUCCUUCUCGUGAAGGCUAAACCAAUCGAGAUUGACUUCUCUUGGCUGCGCCCGUUCGUCAAGGGCCAUUGUCGAGUGCCAUCAGCCAUCAAGACCAUCCAGGACAAGGACAGCGUCUACAGCAUUCCGCUUGGUUGGGACGAACUUACAACAGCUGUUGGUGUGAUGCAGAAAGACUGUGCACCCUUCAAGGAGGCUUUGGAGGUUCGCGGUAACAAGACUAGGAAGCUUAAGGGGCCAUGCCGGGGUCUCACAACGGGUGUGCUGUUCGUCUCGAAGGGAAUGCACAAACUUGCGGCAUCUGUCUUGUAUGGCGAGAACACCUGGAGUUUUCCUUGGGCUUCUUCUUCUUGGAUACAAUUGGAAUCGUUCUUGGCGACGAUUGGACCUAUGAAUGUGGCUUUCCUGCGUAAGAUCGACAUUCACGUCCCGCUCUGGCAUCAGGGCGCCUACGAAGACUUCAUCGAGGGAGCAGUCUUAGAUCUGACGUCUCCGGCCUCUCGCCUUGGGGUCCUUAAGCCGGUUGGUCGUGAUCGACUUCUCGGUGCCAUUCGAUCGUCCGUACACUCCCUCAUGAAGGCAGGUCAGCUGGAGACGUUGUCUAUCAACAUCGAAAACGGCACGACCCUUGAUCGCUGGACGGGACGAUCUCGAGACGACAAGCAACUUCUCAACGUGUCGGACGCAGAAGAGCACGUCAUCCGCAAACAGGAGGGCACUGCACUGGUCAAGAAGCUGAGCGACUGCUUGCGGCCUCCACCGGUGUUGUCCAUCUAUCAGCCCUCGGCUAAGUCGAAGAUUGCGAAGCACGACGUAUCAUUGUUUCGAGCUCGUCUCGCAACUGUCAUUCGAGAAGCCGAGAAGUAUGGCUGGAAGGUCAAUCAGCGCCUGGAAAGCCGGCGCUGGUAG